AUGGAGGAAGAAGGAGAUGUAUGUAGAGUUUGUAGAAAUGGACCGACUACAAACAACCCACUCUCUUAUCCUUGUAAAUGUAAUGGAUCUAUAAAGUUUAUUCAUCAGAAUUGUCUGUUGGAUUGGAUCAAAUUCUCAAAGAGUUCUGCCUGUGAACUAUGUGGUCAUCCUUUCCGUUUUACACCAAUAUAUAGUGAAAAUGCACCAGAUGUAUUACCAAUCAGAGAGUUUAUAUUGGAAGCAAUCAUUAGGUUGAGUGGAUUCUUAAAGCGAUUGGUUCGUGUGUUAUACGUUGUGUUUUGCUAUCUAUUCUUGGUGCCUUUCUUUACGAGUUGGUCGUUCCAGACCUACUUUUACUUGAAGUUACCAGAUAGUAUCUACGACGUCAAUACAAUAGCUCGUGACUUUUUCUUGGGAUUCAUGUUGUUCUUUUGGAUCAUCAUCGUAACCAUCUCUUCGUAUUUGAUAUUCGAUAUAUUGGAUCACAAGCAUUCAGAGUUGGAUCUAGAAGAGAAUCUAGAUAACAAUAAUAAUAAUAAUAAUAAUAACAAUGUAAACAAUCAAGAUGAUGGUGAUGAUGACGAUGAUGCAACUGAUGUGGAGGAGGAAGAUGACGAUGAAGAUAUAAGAUAUAAUCAGCAAGAAUGGCUAGGUCCACAACAUCAGCAAGAAAAUCAACAUGCCAAUAAUCAUGGUCAACCUUUGUUUGGUGGUGUAUUCGAAGUGUUCCAACAACAUCAAGCACCACAGGCACCACAACAGGUACCGGCAAAUGGUGUAGAUCAAGUAGAUCAAAUGGAUUUAAAUACUCUAAUUGGUUUAUCAGGUCCAAAGUUAGAGGUGAUAGCAAAAGGUGUAUGUUUAAUCAUUUAUAAUACAAUAUUCUUAGUUGUAUUCUUGUUCAUUCCAUAUUUCAUUGGAUACCUAUCAACCAAUGCAGUAUCGACGUUGUUCGAUAUUCAACUACCGGCAUCAAUAAUCUCAAAAUAUCUAUUGAACAUAUCGAUUGGAUAUAUCAUUGCUUCAACAUUAACAAUGUUUAUAUUGAGUAACUUUAUAAAGAAUUUUAUUUAUUAUAAAUAUUCAAGAAUAUUUUAUUCAUUUAUAAAGGUUUGCAUCAUUGUUAUAUUGGAGGUCGGUGUAUUCCCGAUGUUGUUUGGUGCCUUCAUUGAUUAUGCAUCGAUGGAGUUGUUUGGUGGUACUUUCGAUACAAGACUACAGGGAUCUCUCCACCACAUUCUGCCAUUCAUCAUCACGAGAUGGGGUGUCGGUUUCUUUUGCAUCAUCAACAUAUCAUCUCUCUGUAAGAUACUCCACCAGAUAUUCAGACGUAAAGUAAUCUGGUUCCUUAGAGAUCCAAACGAUCCUGAUCUAGAUGUAAUUAAAGACCUAGUAAAGGUACCAUUUGUUAAACAUUUAAUUAAUAUUAAUCUAUCAUUGUUGAUUUAUUGUGUGGUCACUAUCUUAUUGAUAUAUCUACCAUUAAAGGCAUUGUCAUUGAUACCAAAUUUAUUACCAGUUGAUUUUGGAGAUCCAUUGAAUAAAGUUGGUAUUGGUGCAGAUGUUAUAUUCUUUAUUUCAACAUUUUAUUUCCCAAAGUUCCAUCCACAGUUAACUUUUACAAACUUUAUUAAAUACUUUAACAAUAUAAUUACACGUACACUUGGUAUUGAUGAAUAUAUACUAUUACCACCUGCAAUACCCAACCAACAGCAGCAACAACAACAACAACAACAACAGCAGCAGCAGCAACAAGAUGGUCAAGAACAACAAGGAGCUGAACAACCACCCCAACCACAACCAAUUAGAAAUCCACAAGAUUUCCCAGAUGUUAAACCAACACAUUAUAAAUUUAGAAUUAUUGGAUUCCUCUUCCUGUGGUGGUUAUUGCUGUUUACCAUUAUCUGUUGUUUCAUUGGAAUGCCUAUCACUAUUGGACGAUCUCUUGCAGGUCUGGCAUCGAUCAGCAAUCCAAACGAUAUAAUUACAUUCUUUGUUGGUGUCGUCGUGGUUUGGGUAUUAUCCAAACUUGUCAAUCUGGUCAUCUUCCAUCGUUCCACCAUCAAUAUAAUUCAAUGGAUACCAGUUGCAUUCAAGGUAUUGAUACUUGGAUUCAGUAUUUGUAUAUUCCUCCCUGUCCUAGUUGGUAUUCUCUUUGAUUUAAUUUUGUUCAUUCCAUUUGUCAGCUCCUAUGAUGAAACAUUCUAUAUAUUCUCAAGUGACAUAUUUUAUAGCUGGUGUAUUGGUGCAUUAAUAUUAAAGUUUUGGUAUAGAUGGGCAACAGCAGUUCCAAACGAAGGAAAUAUCAGACACAAUCGUAUUGAAGACGAAGAACAAACCGAAAGGGACAGAUGGUUCGACCGAUUCGAAACCCUAAAGAGAAAUGGUUUUGCAAAUGUCGAUCUCAUGUUUACUAUGAAAAAGAUUGUUUUCCCUAUUGCCCAUUUCCUCAUGGUGUUGUUUACCGUCCCUAUUAGAGAUGAUCGUUACCUCAUUGGUAAACAUUUACAUAAUAUUGAUACAACCAAUUAA